CAAACCUCGUGCAAGACUUACCUUACUGCAGGUUCACUUCACGAUUUUUACGGCUGUUCUGUUUUCUGUUUUUCUGUUUUUCUCACCGGCGUCAUUUCCACCUUCACUUGCAUCUCAGCCUCCCCCUCCCCCAUAUUUUCUCGGACGUUCAAGUACCUCUCAUCUCCGCGUCGUUGUUGCCCUCUCUUUCUUGUCUUUCAUUGCUCUUCCUCAUGUCCUCCUCAUAACUCCUCGUCGUCGUUGUUCGUCCUGUUUUUCCACUUGCCUUGAGUGGUUCGACCACUCUUACAGUCGUUAUUGUCUGUCCACCUACCAGAGACCUCAUUGACUGGGUGUCACUGGUCGAUCUGAAACCAUGGAACCGAGAUCUUGGUUUUUUCUCUUCGUCGGCUAUGCCCUUUGGCGGUAUGUCCGUCUCGUGGUCAACCUGUGGUUGUUCUGGACCUUCAGACCGAUCCCGAUCCCAGACAAUCCGACUUUGUCCCCGUCGGAUGUCACCGUCAUCUUGCCAACCCUGGACGGUGAAGGAGAAGAGUUGGAGCGGACCAUUGACUCGAUUUUGAAGACUGAACCGAAGGAAAUCAUUCUGGUGACCAUUGACGAGAAUUUGCACAAGGCCGGGAGGACCAUGUCCAAGAUGCCAGCGGCACAACACGGCAAGAUCCGUUGUAUGUCGGUCAAGCAGGCGAACAAGAGGCGUCAAAUGGCCAGGGCCAUUCCUGAGGUCACCACUGAGAUCAUUGUCUUCGCCGAUGACGAUGUCACGUGGCCCUCUCAGCUUCUGCAGUGGAUGCUAGCUCCCUUUGAGGACAAGAAGUACGGUGCGGUUGUCACCUGCCAGAGACUCCGACGUGCUGAGAAUCCGACCUUCUCUCAACGUAUCUACGGAUUCCUGGGAGCCUUGUACUUGGAACGUCGAAAUUUUGAUUGUGCAGCCACCACUCACAUGGACGGUGGGAUGCCGUGCAUUUCCGGACGCACUUGUGCCUACCGCACCAACAUCCUCCAAGACGUCAACUUCACCAAUGGCUUCACCAAUGAGAAAUGGUGGUUCGGACAAUAUCAGCUCAACGCUGAUGACGACAACUUCCUUUCGCGAUGGAUGGUCUCACAUGGUCACGAGGUUUACAUGCAAUACCAUCCCAACUGCGAGGUCCUGACCACUCUGGAGGAUAACCCAAAAUUCUUGAAACAGUGUCUACGAUGGGCACGCAGCAACUGGCGGAGCAAUUUGACCAGCAUGUUUGCUGAACGAUACAUUUGGAGAACGCAGCUCUACAGCACGUAUGCGGUGCAAUUGACUACCUUGGCGCCACCCGCAUUCAUCGGCGACAUCUUGCUCUGGUUGUGCCUGUGGAAGGCUACCUCGGACUGGCCCAGGGAUCAGACGUGGAUUGCCUGCUAUGCGUUCGCAGGAUGGAUGAUGUUUUCCAAGUUCAUCAAGCUCAUCACCCACUUCGUCCGAUAUCCCAUCGAUCUUGUAUUCUGGCCUGUAUCUGUCGUUUUCGGCUGGUUGCAUGGCUUCAUCAAGGUCUAUGCCUUGAUCACUCUCAGUGAGACUACCUGGGGCAGUCGAGCCAAUGCUGAUGCCAGCGAUUCCACGAGAAUGAUCAAGCAAAAGAGACCACAGACCACCUUCGACUUUGCUUUGACAGAUGAGAAACUUCACGAGAAACUACUACCCUCUAACGACGACACGAAACUCUACGCAGCCUACGACAUGAAACGCUCACAACAACCUCCCUCUGCUUAAUAAAAUCUUUCCUCUCUCCGAUUCUUGAACGGUGCAGAUGCUUAGCCCCGAAUGACCCCAGAUUCUCACGGUCGACGCAAGCCUUGUUCUCUUUGAAAAGCAACACUCUCUUAAUACCACAAAACAGGGGCGCAAAAAGCGAGGAUGCAAUGGGUGACAAAAAGAAACGGUGGGAGGCUUUCUCUUCGAGUUGCCGUGGCCUUCUGGCUCGAGCACAUAAAAGCUCAUUCGAGUUUAUUCACCGCCCUGUCAUUCAAAAGCUGACCUUAUUGCCAUGGGCAUGGACAGUAUUCUCUUCUCUACCCACGGUCUCGCAAGGGCCAAGGGCUUCUUUUCAUAACAUGCAUAGCAGACUGGAGCUUGGGGCUUUUUUACGUGCUUUACAUAGCGAUUGAUUUUUCUUGCUGUGUUCUGCUGUGCGUUGCUUUCGCUUCACGAAGGACAUGAUUUGACGGGACGGCUGAAACGAGCAUGAUGCUGAAAUGAUGGUUCAGGACUGGCUGGGAGACACAGGACGAAAAUGGCCACGAUUAUUGCAAUGGGAAUCACGCGACAUGGGGAAAAAUUGAUAAUUGCUUUGCUUGCGUUACUGCACACCUGCACGCUUAUGCUGCAACCCAGCUCUUGCACAUUACACUUGGUGAGGAUAUCUGCUUUUUUCAAUCAACGGGAAAGACUUGCAACAUUUACUUGAGAGACAGAGCUUGAACCUAGUAGCGCGGCUAGGUUCCUGGGCGGGAUGUUGUCUCUACUAAAAUCCAAUGAUUUGUCCCCCGA